AUAGUGUGUGCGACACGUUGCCUUUUGACUAUCUAGCUCCUGCUGCAGAGACGACCGGCCGGCCGAUUGAGAGCACAUGUAGAGCUAGUGCGUGGGCGUGGCUGCCUGUGCAUAUAAGUAAGGCACGUUCCUCUCGACAGGUGUGGCGACGAACCAUUGCUCUAUGGACGACACUAUACUAGCAGCUCUCCUUGCCGAGCUAGAGAAAUAAGAAGAUGGCUUCGGCGGCGGCAGGUGAGGAGAGGAAGAAGACGGCGUGCGUGACCGGAGGGAACGGGUACAUCGCCUCGCUGCUCAUCAAGAUGCUGCUGGAGGAGGGCUACGCCGUGAAGACGACGGUCAGGCAUCCCGAGGACAAGGAGAGCAACUCCCACCUGGAGGACCUGCAGAAGCUCGGCAGCUUGGAGGUCUUCCGCGCCGACCUGAGCGAAGAGGGCAGCUACGACGACGCCGUUGCCGGCUGCGACUACGCCUUCCUGCUCGCCGCGCCGGUCAACUACACCUCCAAGAACCCCGAGACAGAGCUGAUCGAGCUGGGCGUCCAAGGCACUCUCAACGUCAUGCGCUCCUGCGUGAAGGCCGGCACGGUGAAGCGCGUCGUCCUCACCUCAUCGACGGCCGCCGUCUCCAGCAGGCCGCUGGAGGGCAACGGCAACGUGCUGGGCGAGGACUCCUGGUCCGAUGUCGACUACCUCACAGCCAAGAGGACCGGCCUCUGGGCGUACCCGGUGUCCAAGGUGCUGAUCGAGAGGGCGGCGACCGAGUUCGCGGCGGAGAACGGUGUGAGCCUGGUGACCCUGUGCCCGUCCGUCACGGUGGGCGAGGCGCCGGACCGGCAGGUGUACACCACCGUCCCCGCCAUCCUGUCGCUGCUGUCCGGCGACGAGGAGGAGCUCAGCGUGCUCAAGGGUAUCGAGAGGGCCUCCGGGUCGGUUCCGCUGGUGCACGUGGAGGACGUCUGCCGUGCCGAUAUCUUCGCCGCCGAGACGGCCGCCGACGGGCGGUACAUCGUGAACGGCCUCGACACGACCAUCGCCGACAUGGCACGGUUCCUGGCGGACAAGUACCCGCAGUACAACGUCGACACCAAUAACCUCUCCGGCGAUGUCCUUGAGAAGCCGAUAGCGCUGCUGCCGUCCACGAAGCUGGAGAAGGAAGGGUUUGAGUUCAAGUACAAGAUGCUGGAGAAGUUGUACGAGAACAUGGUCGAGUACGGCAAGGAGCUGGGAAUCCUUACCAACUGAUCGAUCUCCUUGUGUGCGUGCGCGCGCGCGUGCGCGCUUUUUGGAUCGGCCCAUCAAGUACCCGCGAAAUCAACUACCUUUGCCACGUCAGAAAGCCAAAAAAAGCUAAUUGCGUGUGGUUUGAGUGUGUACCUCUCUCCAUCUCUCUCGCAAAGUUUGGAUGUACUACUGCUCCUGUGUGUUCCGGCCCUUCGAAAUGUAAGAUAAGAUCAACAAUUUUAUCUAUUGAUCGUCCAAAAAAACACAUUAGGGGUUUUGUUGCA